CUAACCAUGUUGCUCUGCUUAUUUCAGAUACACUUCAUACUGCUGUUCAGUCGACAGGGGAAAUUAAGGCUUCAGAAGUGGUAUACGACGCUACCUGAGAAGGAGAAGAAAAAGAUCACUCGAGAAAUUGUUCAGAUCAUUUUGGCUCGCAAUCAGAAAACAAGCAGUUUUGUUGACUGGAAAGACCUCAAGCUUGUUUACAAAAGGUAUGCUAGUCUGUACUUCUGUUGUGCAAUAGAAGAGCAGGAUAAUGAGCUCCUGACACUAGAGGUCGUUCAUCGAUAUGUAGAACUACUGGACAGAUACUUUGGAAAUGUGUGUGAGCUGGAUAUAAUCUUUAAUUUUGAAAAAGCUUAUUUUAUUCUUGAUGAAUUUAUAAUGGGUGGAGAAGUACAAGAAACUUCAAAGAAGUCUGCAGUGAAAGCUAUAGAAGAUUCUGACAUGUUGCAAGAGACAGUGGAAGAGUACAUGAACAAGCCUGCAUUUUAAUGUUAAAAUUACCUGGAGAGAGAACUGCUGUGUGCACCUAUAAAAUGCACAUACUGAAAUUGCUACCCAAAGUGCCAGAUGAGGAAGUGUCUCAGAGAAAUACCAUAAAGCCAAUAACUAAAGGGAUGUGUUUGUAUAACGGUCAAGAUGAAGGUCAG